AUGUCGAUCGAGACGAAGAAACCUGCGACCCAAGUCCGACCUCUCAUAUUUGAGAACGAUCCUCCCGCUGUUGAUCAUAAGAUCAGGGGGUUGAACUCAUGGAGAACAACAGUGUCUGCGGGCGCUGUCGUCGCUUCUUUCGUCCUUACUGUAAACGUGGGCGUUCUUGUCUGGGUCCGACAUCGCUUCGGCGUUUCGAACGGGAUUGCUACCGUCUUUGAAGGCUCCUGCAUCGAAUCGAAAAGGGACACACUAUGGCCCGACCUUGCCAUCAACAUCAUGUCCACCCUGCUUCUUGGCGCCAGCAACAGUUGUGCGCAAUUGCUAUCCUCACCUUCAAGACGAGAUAUUGAUAGAGCACACAUGAAGGGUAAAUGUCUCGAUAUUGGUGUUCCAAGUGUGCGUAAUUUGGGACACAUAUCGUUCUGGCGCGUGUGUUUGUGGGCUUUGCUAUUUCUAAGCUCGAUCCCACUACACCUGGUCUACAACUCCGUGAUCUUUUCAACUCUAUCAUCGGUCGAUUAUCAAGCUGCAUUGGUUACACAAGACUUUCUCAAGGGAGCCGCAUGGAACGACACGGAACUCGCCAUGAGCGUCCACGCAUGGAGCGGGCUAGGUACAGCCAACGUAAGGCAGUUGAAAGAGAUUCAGGCCUCCGCAGAAGCCGGAAGCCUUACACGCCUCGACAACUCACAGUGCAUCCAAGCGUAUCAAAACUCAUUAUAUGAAUCGUCUUGGAAGAAUCUACUGCUGGUCACGUCGGUCCCCAAUAACAACAGCAUCAUCCAGGUAUGGACGCACCAAGCCGAGGACACCGACACUAAUGAAAAUUGGCUAUGCCACGGCAAUGUUGGAAACUACGACAACUCGGGAAGCAACUGCGACUUCAACAAUUUGGUGGCCCACGCGUCUUCGUGGAAGAUUGAGGGCGUCUGUCGCGACACCUCGAACUUCGGCUCGUGCGGGAGCUCCUUUGACGCUCCGAUUCUCUACUGCCUCGCCGAGCAAUUUCCCGGAAAUUGCAAAAUCCAGGUCAGCACGACAUUGCUGACCAUCGUCAUUCUUUUCAAUGCUGUCAAAGUCGUUUGUCUCCUGACCACCGCCUUCUCUCGCAAAUUCGAGCCACUGGGAACCGUGGGCGACGCCAUCAGCUCAUUCCUAGAGCAGCCGGACGACAAGACCACGAACCUUGGUCCGGUGACCAAAUCCGUAGUCCGCAAGCAGUCCUGGAAGAAAGCGUACAUCUCAGGAUCUCGAAACAUGUCUUUAACCUAUAAACGAAAACCUCACCGCUGGGCUCGAGCAGUGAGUGGCAGCCGUUGGUUCAUUUGCAUGGCCCUAUGCCUCGUGGUGUGGUUUGCGGGGCUCUAUUUAUACUCCACCGCAAGAAGCGGCAGUAAGAGGUCAAACAUGUCCUUCAUGCAGGGAUUCAACACAUCGCCGGCGAACACCAUAGAAUUUACCCUCGGGAACUCGCUGAUCUCCAAUGUUCUCCUCGCAAACACGCCCCAGAUCGUCAUCAGUUUUGUCUACCUCUUCUACAACAACGUAUUCACCUGCAUGGUCAUGGCGCACGAGUACGCGCGCUUCGCAUCGGUACGCAAGCCUCUGCGAGUCACCCGGCCUUACGGCGAGCAGCGAAGCACAUUCUGGCUACAGCUGCCGUACCGCUAUAUCGUGCCCAUCAUGUUAAUCAUGGCGUUCAUGCACUGGUCAGUGUCGCGCAGCAUAUAUCUCGUACAACUCGAGAUUUAUGAUAACAACGGCGAGUUGAUAGCCGGUCGGUCUGUUACCGGAUGUGGGUACUCUCCGCCACCCAUUGUAUUGUCUCUGUGCCUCGGAGGUGCCAUGAUUCUGUUACUCCUAGGUCUUUCGGCUAGGAAAUUGGACCCGGGGAUGCCGAUCGCGGGAUCGUGUUCCCUGGUCAUCAGCGCUGCUGCCCAUGCUGGCCAGGACGAGGUCGACGCCGCGGCUCGUCACUUACAGUACGGCGUCAUCUCGGAGGAUGAUACUGGUGGCAGAGAUCGCCGGCGAGUGGGCUUUUCUUCGCGGCCUGUGGAGAAACUUGUUGAUGGCGAGACGUACGCCUGA